AGGGUUCGAACCUAUAUAUCAACCAUAUGUAGACAGUGCAUAACAGCAAAGGCGCGCCUGCAGUCUGCGUCGCCCGAUAAAUGCUGCCCCUGAGACAACCACUUAUAGAACAAGCCUCGCACCCGAGUCCGCGCCGGACGUUCGCCACGCAACCCCCACCAUAGCACUGCACGAUGGCCGACCACCCUGAGAUCAUCAUGCUCACACUCACCCCGGACAAUCCCUGUAACACGACUGUCACCGACGCAUCCGGGAAGGUGCUCUACGUCGUGUACACCGAGAAUGGCAAGAACGCAUCCACGACGCGCGUUUUCGAGGGCAACUCCGACACCGUCGUCGCGGAGCUGCAGUGGUCGGACACGGGCCUAGUCCUCGGGAAGGUCACGCUCCGAGGAGGAAAGACGGUGCCUACGCGCGAAUGGAUGAGCAAGAGCAAGAUACCGUUCAAUGACAGCGUGGCGUUCAAAGACGAGAGUGGAAGGCGGUAUAAGUGGAAGGGACUCUCACCUGGGCGGGCAUUGGAGCUCUAUACGGAAGAUGACGGCUUCAAACAGCCCAUCGCGGGAUUCCACAAGUCCAUCACAGACCGGAGGGUGGCCCCCCGAGAGUGACCCCGGCGACGUUACGACUCGCGCCACGCGCGGACGAGCUUCGCGAGUUGGCGGUGUGCUCAUUCUUGUUCCUUGAAAUUGACAGAAGGACGAAGGAGAAGAGUUUCGGUGAGACGGGGUUGAGGAUGAUGGCCAGCCCGGGUGUCAUUUGAAUAUUGGGUAUGUAUAUGGAACCAAGGCUGUUGGCACAAAUGGGACAAGACGAUGCUGCACAGUUAGUGACCGAGUAAGGCAUUGAGGAUUUUUCUGCUCAUGCUGCCAAGUGA